CCCCCUUAGAUUCCAUCAUAAGACUAUUAACUUGAACUAUAGAAAAAUAUCUAACAAUGAUUCAUCGAUUCGAAUUUUAUCAAAGAACUAUUUGAAAUGAGUCAUUUUUAUAAAUGCUUAAUAAUGAGUCUCGAUUUUUUCCUGAAAAUAGAUAUAGAGAACGAAGUUCUUUUAGUUUUGCUUCGUCUAAUUCCCAUGGUUAAUCAUCUCUCCUAAAAUGACUAUUUAGAAAAAAUCUAUUUUAGAAUUUCUUUGUAGAAUAUCUAAACAAAUUAUUAAAUAGAUUUUUAAUUAAUUGAUUUGAUGAAAAUCAUUUAGUUUUGGUAUUAUUUCAAAGAUAAUUUAUGUAAAAAUCAUUGAACAUUUGUUUAUAAUAUUUAGUCUCAGUUUGUUGAACUAUUUUUUUUUCUAUUGUCGUUGAUUUUGUCAAAUAUUGACAUAUUAUUUAUGCAUAAGAAGAUCAAUUUGAUAUCAUUGCUUUUUGAAUAUUAAAUAAUAAAAAACUAAAAGAGACUUUUCAAUAUAAAAUUUAUAUUUGAAAUCGAUUUGUAGAAAAGAUAAUUUCUUAUUAUUGAAAUUGAUUUCUAUAGUUGUUUAUGUUUAUGAAUAAAUUUUUGAAAUCAAUUGAUAAUAGAAGAUUGAUCAAUUAAGUAAAUAAUAUGCUUCUAAUCAGAUUGAAUAAAAAGAAAAAAAAAUAUAUUUCGUUUGAAUGAUGAUCUUAAGUGAAAUUUGAGCCUGUUUCUGUUCAAUGUAAUAUAAAUAAUAAUGAUUGAAUGUAAUUUUAUGAUAGAUAUUAAAUAUAAAAAUAAAUAUUUUAGAAAUUCAAAUGAAAUGAAAAUAAAUGCUGGUGUUCGUCGUAAUUGUUUAUCUUUAUCAAGAUCUUAUUCAACUGGUUUAAAUCAAUCUUCAAAUAAAGAAUCAUGUUAUACUAUUAUAUCAGUAUCUGAUAAUUCAAAACAAAUAGUAGAUUGUCAAAUAAUUAUUGUUAAUAUUCAUCAAAAGUUUGAUUUUUUUUUAAUCAGAACAAAAAACAAUGAGAUUAAAAAUAUUUAUUUUUUAAAUAAAUCUGGAUAUUAUGCAGAAGAAAUUUCAUCUCAUCUUGUUUAUCAUGGUUUAUCAACAUCUGUAAUACUUCUUCGAAAAGAUUAUACAUUAACAGAAGCAAUUAAAAAUGCAGCACGUGAAAAAUCUCUUUAUGGAAUAAUUGCAAUGCCAAUGGAUGAAAAACGACGUACUGCAUCAUUUCAUAUUCUUUAUGGACAAACAGAAGAACAUCGUAAUUUAAAAUUACAAGAUGGUUAUUAUAUUAUUUUAACAAAUUUUACUUGUUAUAAACAAUGGUUUCGAAAUGAAGAAAUUAAUUUAAAUGAUUGUCGAAAUAAAAAUAUUCCAUCAAUUGGUUUUGUCGAACCGACAUUAUCAUAUGAAGACAAAUUAUCAUUAUCAAAAGUAUUACGUCGUUUAGCUGAUGGAAAACAAUUAAAAUUAGAAGAAAUUGAUCAUGUAAUUGCUUAUUUACUUGAAGUGCCAUUUGUAUAUUUAUGGCAUACGCCUUUAACAAAUGGUGAUGAUACACCAACAGCUCUAUUAAUGUUAAACUUUAUAUUGGAACGUAUUUCAAAUGAUAUAUUUCGUUUUAUUUCAUCAAAACCACCACCAUCACAAACAAUGAAACAACAAUUAACACCUCAACAAAUUACAAAUUUGAAAGUAUUAACUGGUGGUAGUAUUAAAAUUAAUCAUGAUUUAGUUCGUGAUGCAUUUAUUAUAUUAAAUGAUCAAAACGUCAAAGUUAAAACUAAACGGAUGUCACCAUGGGCAAAAUAUUUUUAUUAUUCAUUGAAAAACAAAGUAACAAUAUUAGCACCUGUUACAUUUUUGGUUUCCAACGAUAAUGAUGAUGAUGAUGAUGAUGAUGAUGAUGAAGACGAAGAAUUUGCUGGUGCAUCAAUUAGUUCUGAACCAAGUCUUUUCGUUAAGUAUAGUUGCUUUUCAAAUCAAGCAAAUCUCUGUAUUGAGUGGGUUGGCGACGGAUGUGAGACUAUUAUGGCGUCCAUGUUGGUUGAUCUUGGUAAAAUUGGUGCACAACAGUUAACAUGGACCUUGCAAACAGAUAAUAUUCUAUUAAUGCAGAAAGAUCUUCAAUUCAACAAGGAAAUAUUGAAUGAUUUUAAUAAAGCAUUAGAUUAUGUUCUAUCGGUGAUCGAUGAAAAAGAAGACAAUAAACAACAUCGAACUAUUGAUACAAGAGAUAGAACUGAUAAUGUUGAUCAAUAUGCCACAGGAAAUAUUCGUGAUGGUCAAGAAUCUCCAUCAAGAAUAGGAUGGGAUGAUGAUGAUUCUGAUGAACAACGAACUCAAUGGAAACAUUCAACGCUGAAUGAUAGUUAUAAUCGUCAAGACUAUAAAAAACAUGGUGAUACUGAUUAUAAUAAUAGAAAAUAUAUUGAUAAUCGAUUGCCUAAACCAAGUUUUCGUAAAAGUAAAUAUGAAGAUUUUGAUCAACAUUAUCGACGUAAUUGGAAAGAAGAACAAAAACAUAUCGAUGGUGAAUGGUACAAUAAUGAAGAUGUAUUCGAUGAUAAAUUGAAUCCAUUGAUAAAUAUUGGUGAAGAACGAAAGAAGAAAUGUAUAUCUGCACAAGAACGACCAAUAAAUCAAGAUAUCAAAAAAUGGAAAAAAAAUCAAAUGAUUCAAAGUGAUGUUGUAUCAAAAUUAAAUUAUGGACAAGAUUUUGAUGAUGAUAGUAACAGUCGUGUACAUUUACUUCUUACAAAUAUUGUUCCACCAUUUCUUGAUGAUCAAUUAGGAUUUAUUCAACAAUUUAAACCAGUUAUUCCUGUUAAAGAUUCAGCAUCAUAUAUGGCAGUUAUUGAUCGUAAAUGUUGUCAAUCAGUACAAAAAUAUCGUGAACAAAAAGAACAACGUUUAGCACAAGAAAAAUUUGAAUUAGGUGGAAUUAAAUUAGGAAAUAUAUUAGGUAUAAAAUGUCAUGAUCAAAAAAAUGACCAAUCAGAAGAUAUUGAUUAUAAAAAAUCACAAAAAUUUGCUGAACAUAUGCAAGAAAAAACAGAUGCUAUUUCAGACUUUGCUAGGAAAAGAACUAUUGAUGAACAAAGAAAAUUUUUAUCAAUUUAUGCUAUUCGAGAUGAUCUAUUAAAAAUUAUUAGAGAAAAUAAUAUUAUUAUAUGUGUUGGAGAAACUGGAUCAGGUAAAACAACACAAAUGACUCAAGUAAGUUUUAAAAAAAAA